CACCGUCAGCUUCACUACGCCGCUCCCUCCCGGACUUGUUGCACGUGCCGGACCUGCUGCCACCGCCGCCGUUGCCACCCUCCCGCCGCCGCUGCCAUCACGCCCCCGCCACCCCACAAAGGCAGCUGUUGGCUGACACUUUUCCCAUAUCCCUUUUCCCCAUCCCUCCAACCUGACUUUCCUUCCCUUACCUCAACCAACACAAGGGUAACCUUGUGGUAUCGUCCCCAACCACCCCAACGCACCACCUGUCGCACAUUCCCCAACACACUCCCACCUGUCGUACGUCCCCCCACACCGCCUCAACACACGGCUACCUGCAGUGGACCUUUGUGUUUGUGUUUGAGUGAAGGCAACUUCAUAGUCUUAUCCUAUACAGGGUAGUACAGCCUUGUACUCGAAUCUACCUCCUCCUCGACGAGAGUAGAGCCUCUUACUCAACUGUUCCAGUAGCUCCUAAUCGUCCUUCUGGUGUGGAAGUCGUGUGAGCACCACCAUUAUGGCAGCGUUGGAGUCGUGGCCACAGCAAGUUGACCCUCCACCUCAGGACGAGGAAGAAGAAUCCUCGCAUGACCGUCUAAUCUCGGGCAAGCAGACUGUCGUGUGGUCUCCCGCCGACGGCCGCACCACAACUACUACCACUACCACAACUACCGCCCCCACUUCUGCCUCGCCUGUUAUAACCACCACCACCACCACCACCACCGCCAUGUCGCGGAAGUUCUCGUGCAGCCCCAAGGCGAUAAAGGAGUUGAUCCAUGCCAACCUCCUGCCCAUCUUGACCGUGUCUGGUGUGACGGGAGGCGCUGUCUUGGGACUUAUACUACGAUACUCCCGCGAAGAGCACUGGACCAAGCGAGAGGUGAUGUAUGUGGGUUACAUCGGUGAGCUCUUCCUUCGGGCCCUCAAGGCUCUCAUCAUCCCCCUCAUCGUCUCGUCUCUCGUCUCUGCUAUCGGUUCCCUCGACCUGUCGCUCUCCAAGAAGAUCGGUUUGCGUGCCAUCGCCUACUACAUGACGACGACGGUGCUGGCGGUGAUCCUGGGCAUCAUCCUAGUGGUGAGCAUCCACCCAGGGAAGGGCUCUGAUGAGGGCAUCAAAAAGGCAGGAGAGGCUCGUGAUGUGUACACCCCAGAUCUUCUCAUGGAUCUCCUCAGAAACUUGUUUCCACCCAACCUGAUCCAGGCGUGUUUUGAGACGCACAAGACUAUCAUCAUACAACCGAAACUGAAGGACCUGGAGAAUGACACCCGAAAAGAGGAAUGGAUAAGAAAAUAUAAUUGGACAGAGGGUACAAUGCCGCCCAAGGCUGAGUGGGAACUGGGGACAGAGCACACCAGAGCUCUGAACAUCAUGGGUCUGGUGAGCUUCGCCACUCUGCUCGGCUUGGCACUCUCAACUCUGGGAGCCAAGGGCAAACCUCUCCUGGAUUUCUUCCACUCGCUCUCCGACGCCUCCAUGGUCAUCACCUCCUGGCUCAUCUGGAUUUCACCAGUUGGUAUUCUCUUCCUGGUGGCCUCAAUGAUUAUUGAGAUGGAAGACUUCAGCGUCAUGUUAGGGCAGCUGGGCUUGUAUUUCGGCACCGUCAUCCUAGGUAUCUUCAUCCAUGGUUUUCUCAUCCUCCCUGCUAUCUACACGAUCUUCACGCGCAAAUUGCCAUUCCGUUUUCUGGCCAACAUGUCCCAGGCCUAUAUCACAGCCUUUGCCACUGCUUCCAGUUCAGGAACCAUGCCAGUAACCUUCCAGUGCCUUGAGGAAAAAAAUAAGAUUGAUCCACGCGUGACUCGGUUCGUGAUUCCCAUUGGUGCCACCAUCAACAUGGAUGGCACUGCUCUCUACGAGGCUGUUGCUGCCAUCUUUAUUGCACAAGUCAGAGGCAUCGCUCUCACCAUCGGACAGGUGGUUGCUAUAAGUAUCACUGCUACUGCAGCUGCUAUUGGGGCUGCCGGUAUUCCCCAGGCAGGUCUUGUCACCAUGGUGAUGGUUCUGGAUGUUGUUGGUCUUCCCAGCGAGGACAUGACUCUCAUCAUCGCUGUCGACUGGUUGCUUGAUCGAUUCCGUACCAUGAUCAACGUUCUUGGAGACAGUAUUGGUGCUGGGCUUGUGUACGAACUUAGUAAGAAGGAACUGGAACAGAUGAGUAUUAAUGCUAAUGGUGACGUGGAGCGACCUUCCAAUGAAAUUGCUAUGGACGCAGUCGAAUCCAGCAAAAUGUGAGAAACAGUGAAAAUAAAUUCCCAGCUCGAUAUAAAUAUUACCUGUUCUACCAGCCCUUGUACCUUACACCUGGAGGGCCUUGGCACCUGCAGCUCAGCCAUGGACGUGAAGCACGGCUGGACGGAGCUGAUUUCUUCACAACAUGAAACUCUUCUCUAAAAUGGUGUUCCAAAAGGUGUCCAGUGACCUCUUGCCUAAGAAUGGUUGGCAGGUGUCAGCAUGAUUCUUCCAUACCUUCUAGAGGUAAAUAUGUGUAUUUUACAUUCGAGGAAGAUAUAAAUACAGUAUCAGAUGUGUACGAUGUAUUAUGACUAAGAAUUGUUCUCUGAGAACAACAGUCACUCAUACUUAGUCUGGUACGUUAUUCAUCUAAGACUUCCAUGUUGUUUACUGUUGAAAGAGGAAUACAGAAUAUUGUGUAGCUACUACGUAAGAAAAAUUAAUGUAAAGUUACUUUGCUGAGAAAUUUUAAGUUAAAUAUCUUUACAAGUAUUACUGCAUCAAUUACAUAACGUCUGAGUUUUGACUUAUUCGUUAAAUAUUUUCUCUUUAUUUAGAUUUGAAUCAUGGCAUUUUAUAUUGUUUACUAAAUAUAAAUUAUUCAUAGAAGUACAAUUCCUCUAUUUGCACACUGAUAAAAGUAUGCAAUGAACAGAUUCACUAUGAUUUUUUUUUUCAUUUUUUCUGUGGGCAACUAAAAUCAUAUCAAAGAAUUAGUGGAGAGUGAUCCACUACAGGUGUAUAUAAGAACGUGCAUUUAUUGUACAUCACUUGACAAUUUAUUGCUUAGGUAAAGUAUUUGGUAACGUACUGAAGCAGUUUUGUUAUUGUUGUCUUGUUGGAGAGUAUACAGAGAUAUAUUGUUGUCAAGUGUUAGAGCCUCAGCUGCUGUGUAUGUGUUAGCCUCAGAUGUCACCAACUUUCUUUCAUCCUCAUUUUCGGAUAUGCGUAGAUACUAUAAGCAUAGCUUUGUGAAACCAAGCAAUAAAGCCGAAUACUGCAUAGCCCAAAUUUCUGCAUGACCUUAACCACUAGUGAGUGUCGAAGUUGCCGAAGUAUAUGGCUUGGGUUUCACAUAUGAUCUAUCAUGUAAAUAUUCGAUGAAUAUGUACAAAUAUGUGUAUUUAAGGGUAUGAACCCUGGGAGCACAUGUUUCCACAACCAUUCUUGAAAAUCCUUCAUCAUUGUUUAAGUUUUAUGAGAAAAUGAGCACAAUUCUAUUCAUUAAUCGUUAAACACUUGGAAGAUAAAGUGAUGUGUGAACGUCAUCUUUCAGUAAAACUGUUUGUAGUCAUCAAUCAGAUUUUUUUAAAUAUAUAAAUUAACAAUUGAAGUCUUUAGAUUAUUAAAAAUUGGCAGCAAUUCAUUAAAAGAGUUAAAAGUCAGUUAAACACAAAAUAAUAUUAAGUAGUUAAGGAAUCCUGGCCUGAAACUGGGCGCCAUUGUUAGUGAAGUAUUAUUAUUGUUAAUAUAUUAUGGUGUACUGCUGUGACCUUGUAAUCUUAUUUUGUUUACAAUAAAAAAAAAGUGUUACUGUUCAACAGUACAAAAUUUUGUACCUAUUAAGCAGGAUAGCCCUAGUAAAUUCUUACUUCAUCAGAUAAAUGCUGUUUCCUAUUCAGAUUUUUGUGAAUAACAAUAUAUAACAUUUACAUGUGUCGUGCUCCCUAAUCAAUGUACUGUAAUUGUGAUGGAACAAGCGAUUCAUAACCAGCAGGGAAGGACGUUUAUGUGCAAUGAUACAAUGCGUUAAUAUUGCUGAGUUGCUUGUUACCUUACAACCCCAGAAACACAGAUAAGCCAGUGAAGGCGACAUAAUAUGUCUACUUCAAGUAGAGGAUGGAAAUAUAUUAUCUUCUCUAUCAGUAGAAGACUGAGUGUUGCGUAAUUAUUUUGUAUAGUUAUGACCAAUAGAGAAUUUAAGUGCAGGAGUGACUGAUUUAGAAAUAAGAUUACGUCUCCACAUAUCAUAUUCUAUUUCAUUGCUGUAAUUGAGACUAGUGAUGAAUUUAUAGAUAAUAUUGAAUAAAUAGGGGAGCACUAAAUCUGUAGGGAUCAAACAGCGCCUGGGGGAAUGGUAGGCAAUCAGGUUUGAUCCAAGAGAGGAAAAGUCAGAUUCUAUUCCUUACAUCAAGAGCCUCUCACUGGCAUCAAGGAACCUCCCUUGAGGGGUUAUAUAGAUCAUAGAUAAUAUAAAAUGUUUAAGAAUUUUUGUGCUUAUCAUUUUAUUUUAACUUUCGUGUAAAGUCUCUCUUGUUAGUUUGAAUAUUUAUUAUUAUAAGAGUCUCAAAAUCUUUGUCUGUUAUUUCACUUGAUCGUGGUAAAGAAAUCUGAAAAAUUUGUGUAAUACAUUCAACUGAUUUUAAAGUCUUAAUGUACUUCAGUCUAAAACGAUUUUGCUUGAAUUGGAAAGGUGAUACCGACAAGUUGUAAGUAGUAGACACGUUGGCGCUGAGCAAGACGCGUUUCGGACACGUUUCGCCACAAGUGAAUUCGUCAGUUGUAAUGGACUGAAGAAACCAUUCGUGCCGAAACGUUCCCUUAAUAAACCUCUUGAUCAGCACAUACGUAUCUUUUACAUCAAACGAUUUUUUUUAUGUUUAAACAUUUGCUCAUUGUACAAAGGUUAGAAUUUUGUGAAAACUCUUCAAUGAUUAUCAAAAGCAUUUCCCAAGGAGAGAUCGUAAAAUGCAUUCUUCUGUCCCCGACAGUGACGCUGGGGAUUGUGGUUUUAACAUUAUUUCGGGUAUUCAUCAUGAAGAAAACGUAUACUGUAUUGCAAUUUUGUAUAUAUGUGAACUGUACCGAUCACAUAUAGUCAUUUUCAUAAGUGUCACCAAAGUGUUUAAAACUGCUGAAUGUGUAACAUAAAUGUAUUGAAAAAAAUUAGUUAAGGUCAAAUAUAUAUAUUAUGUCUUAAA